AAGGGGCGCCCCCGAGCUGGAAGGCCUGCAUCAGACCCAUACUGUCUUUUCCUGCUGCUCCCUCCCUUGCCUAGGACCCCAGUCCCUCUGCCUUCUGGAGCCCCCGGCAUCCGUCCCACCAGGCUCGGCACAGUCCGUGUUCAGGGCGCGGCAGAGGGGUGCGUGGGGCAGGCGCAGUAGCCAAGGAAGCGUGCUGUUAUCAUGAGUCCUCCACACCCUAUCGAUGUGUGGGCCUGCGUACCCCCUGCAGGGUCCCCACUAACUACAGCCCUGGGAUGCAUGAACUGGGGCUCUGAAAGGCGCCCCUGUAUCUGGCACCUAGGCACUCGCUGCUGGAGCCGUGCCCAGGUCUGAGCUCUCCAGUUUACGAAGGCUGCCGACCAGUUGGAUGGGUCAGGAAAGACACCCCAGGAUGAUGCCAGGCCUGGAGACCUGCCUUGCGCUGACAGACACAGGCGCUCGCUCGAUCUAGGGCACCUAAGAGGAGGAGAGUCUGCAAGUGCCUGCAGAGAACAGCCGGGAUCAUGAAUCCAGGAGUUUCGUUCUGUGUCCCCUUGAAGCCUAAGCUGUGUGCUGAGCAGUGUGGUGUGAUGAAAACGACCCCCAGCACUGAGAGCCGCACACACAACCCCCGACCAUGGGCGGUCUACUGGAAGGUGUCAAUAUCACCAGCCCGGUUCUCCUCAUCCAUGGCACAGUGGGCAGGCCUGCCCUGCUCUCCGUGAGGUACACCAGCACCAGCAGCGAUAAGCCUGUGGUCAAGUGGCAGCUGAAGCGAGAUAAGUCGACCACGGUGGUGCAGUCCAUUGGCACCGAGAUCAUUGGCAACCUGCGCCCCGAAUACAGGGACCGGAUUAGAAUCUUUGAGAAUGGCUCCCUGCUGAUCAGUCACCUGCAGCUGUCAGAUGAGGGCACCUAUGAGGUGGAGAUCUCCAUCACCGAUGAAACCUUCACCGGGGAGAAGCACAUUAACCUCACCGUGGACAUUCCCAUUUCAAAGCCUCACGUUGUCCUUGCAUCCUCCACCGUGCUAGAGCUCAGCGAGCAUUUCACCCUGAACUGCUCCCACGAGAACGGCACGAAGCCCUCCUAUACCUGGCUGAAGGCCGGCCAGGCCCUCAGCAACGACUCGCGGCUGCUGCUCUCCCACGACCAGAAGGUGCUCACUAUCACCAGGGUCCUCAUGUCUGACGAUGACGUGUACAGCUGCCUGGUGGAGAACCCCAUCAGCAGUGGGCGCAGCCUCCCGGUAAAGCUGACCGUGUACAGACGGAGCUCGCUCUACAUAAUCCUCUCCACCGGGGGCAUUUUCCUCCUCGUCACCUUGGUGACCGUCUGCGCCUGCUGGAAACCCGCCAAAAAAGCCAAGCCGCAGCCGGACAAGCACAGCUCCUCGGAAUACCUGGACCAGAGCGAGGCGCAUUUCAAGCAGGAAGCUGAGAUUGUCCCCCACAGUGGAGAACACGAACGCAGGAAUCCCGUUGCUCUCUACAUCCUAAAGGACAAAGAAUCUCCAGAGGCAGAAGAGGAUUCCCCUCCGGAUACCAGAGCCGCAGCCGAGCCAGGACCGCCCAGCUACUCCAGCUCUCCUCCUGGCAGGUCCCCAGGUCCUCCCAUCCGCUCAGCUCGCAGAUAUCCCCGCUCCCCAGCCAGGUCCCCGGCCUCCUCCCGACUGCACAAGUCCCCGCCCAGGUCCCCGGGCUCUCCAGUGCGCUCCCGGAGCACCACGCGCAUGAUGAGGACUGCGGGCGUCCAGAUCAUCCGGGAGCAGGAGGAGGCCAACGCUGUGGAAAUCAGCGCCUGAGGAUGAAGCGCUGCUGCCGAAUGUCCUCAGCAGGCGGCCGCGUUGGCCUCGGGCGUGUCUGGCGGCGGGCGUGAGUGGGGCGUGGGGCCGGGACUGCCUGUCGAGCAAGGGGAAGCGCGUUGCUCCGCCGGCUGGCUGAGCCCAGCCGCAAGAUUUAUUGUAGCCUCAAUGCUCAGCAUCAGCGGAUUACAGACACUAAUUUGCUAUUUAACACCCUAGCGCAGCCCCGGCCGCUCACUAAGCUUCGGUUUUCUGGGGUGUCAGACUAAUUCCCUCACACUCGAGCGCCCUCCCUCUGCGUGUGCGCGCGAGAACAUGUGUGCGUGCGACGAGGCGGUGUGUGUGAGCAUGAUUGCUUUCACGUGUGAGGAGCGGUGCACGUCUGCCUGAACAGCACCUCGGUGUAGCACUACGGGAGUCUGCCAGCGAGUACCUUCGCACGUGCACUGCACCCCGUGCACUGAUGUCUGCCUGGACACACACCUGCGGCCGUGGUCCUGCGGGGAGGCCUGUCUGCAGAGGCUGUGCCUCUCUCAGAGCAUUGUGCGGGGCUGGUUUCAGAGCUGUGCGAGGGAGUCGAGGGUCUAGCACCCUAGACCUGCCAGGGCAUGGCUUGGUGAGGGGCUUGCUGUGGGGCUGGAAGGCCACUGGAUGCUGCUAGUCCCUGCUUGUGCCAGACGUAGGCUCGGUGGCUGUGUUCACUGGAGUCCCCAUCGCUGAAUGCACGGGCUGGGCCAUGUCUUUUCCCCGCAAAGCAAGCACAGCACGUGCACAUCAGGGUAGCUCAGCUUCCGGACCUGAUUCCCAGGCCCCUGCCCAGGGCGAGUCCACAAAAGGGCACGGUCCCCUCCAAGAAGCCGACGUCAGCGAUGUCUGUGCUGCCCCGUCUCUGCUGCUCUGCAUCCAAGUCACAGCAAGCUGGAGUGGAACCUGCCCCCGUGAGCAGGGCCACAGAGACUGCUCUGGUGUGCGAAGGUAGGGUUAACGCUGCGCGUGCCCGGGGCCAGCCAGGGCCAGGCUGCUGCCCUUUGGCCCUCAGCAGGCAGGGUUAUCGCUGCGCGUGCCCAGGGCCAGGCUGCUGCCCUUUGGCCCUCAGCAGGCAGGGUUAUCGCUGCGUGUGCCCAGGGCCAGGCUGCUGCCCUUCGGCCCUCAGCAGGCAGACGCAAGCAGAGCAGAGGGCCGCUGGGUGGCGCUGAGCACUGCGAAGGAGCUAACUGUGCUAGCGCAGUGUUUCUCAGCCAGUGGUCCGGGUACCUCGGGGUACUCGAGAGAUGUCUGGGGGGUGCGUCAACACAACUGAAAUUUGGAGAAAACUGAAUUUUUGUUUUACGUUUUACAGCGUUUUAUUAUUUUUGUACUUUUUACACCCAAAAUUUCCUCACCCGCCCAUUAAGUUGUUUGAACAACUGGGUUGCAGUGGUAGAACAAACCCGUGUGUGUCUGAGAACGGUGGGGCUGCGGUACCGAUCAUGGGCUUGAAAAGGGCACUUCGUACAAAAAGGCUGAGAAACACUGUGAUGUGGGCCCCAGGCCCAGCCCGUUUUAAAGCCGCCUCAGAUCUCCAUUGGCUGGCUGGGCUCAGGGCCAGCGCGCUGGCAGAGGGUAGACACUGCAGUGACCAACCGGCCUGGGGCUGCACAAAGGGCCGGCUUGGGAGCUGGCUGUUCUGGUUAGGACCCCUCCCUGCACCUGUGCCCUGCCAAGGGGGCUCCUUCGCUGAGGGAGCCUGCAGCUCUCCAGCCCUUUGCCCGGCCAGAGCAGCACAGAGGCCAAACAGCUGCCCGACCUCACCGCUCCAGCAGGGCCUGGCCUCGGCCUCAUCUCACAAUCCUUGGGGCAGCAGAGCCGGGCAGCUGGGCCAUCCCAGCAGGAGCCACCCUGGUCCCCCUGUGGCACUGCCCCUUGCCGAAGCUGCAGGCGCAGGCUGGUCUGUGACACCUGUGGCCUGCAGGCCCAGCUCCCCUCCCCUGACUCUCACUGACACCCUGGGGGUCAGUCCCCCAGGCAGGGCAGGGGACUAUGGAGGGCCCGGACUGAGCUCCCGGUCACUAGCACAGCUUGGGGGAUGCUAAUUGGCUCUGAUGUACAGUUGCAGGGCCAUGUGUUUCAUCAGUCUGCUUGCUUCUAGCGCGCUGGGCCCUGGGACUUGCCUGGCAGGUGGCUAGUUAGCCCGACUGCUGUCUCUCUCCUCCCCCUCCCCCCCGGGCCAUGUCUUUAUUUUCUGUGAAAAUUGCCUGUUCUUUGCACGGACGUUCGGACGUGGCACCGGUGCCCAUUCAUGUUGGACUGCUCUGGGGAGCUAGCAGAACGUCCCAACCCCAGCAAGGGGAGGCGAGAGAAGCCGCCAUCUAGCCAGGAGUUAGGGCCCCGCAUCCUCCUCGCACCCGCCAGCUUGUACGGCACCCCUGUAAGCAGACACUGUUGACUAAUAAACUAAACCUACUACCCUCCA